CUACACAUUAUAGUGACAGUUCAGUAUCGUUCAGUGAUUGCUUAGUGCCAAAUGUAUUUAAUUACUAAAUCACUAAUAUAAAUCGCUAGUGUAAAAAUAAAUAAUAGAGUUAUAAAAAUGUUUUUGAAAAAUAUUGUGUUUUUGUUAGCGUGUGUUCAUUUUGGGUCCUCGAUUAAAUGCUUCGAAUGCAACAGCGCCAACAACUCGAUGUGCCUCAACCCGAAUCUGUACGACCCUGAGACAAUUCACAACUUCCUGCCUAUCACCGAAUGCCGGCAUGGCGUGCAGGCCGUUUCCGGGGACGCCGGGGGAUACAACUUCUUCUGCAGGAAGAUUGAGCAGACCAUACUCCACAAGCACUACGAGCCAGAGGUGCGUGUGACCCGCGGGUGUGGCUGGCGGCAGCAUUACAAACCCUGCUACAAGGCUGAUAACGAGGACCACCUCGAGACCGUGUGUCAGUGCUUCACCGACGCCUGCAACUCUGCUGACGUCACCAGCCAGGGCCGAGCCGCCGCCAUCUUUGUAUUGCUAUCCCUUGUUAUGUUAAAGUAGAAUUAUAGAAGUAGUAAAAUUACAGUAUUUUUGCUGCAUAAAAA